AUGUUACUAGGUGACCGAAUAUCAUCACGGGCCACCAGUUUUCACACUGUCCCUAGCUACGCUAGUUCCAGAAAAAAUGCAUUGCGUUUGGGUCCUGAAUUACCCAAUAUCAUUGCUGAAGAACUGGAUCAGUUGGCACAACUUGCCAUGGGCGAACUCUCUGUGAUCAGUUCAACUCCUAAGGUUGGAGCUGGAGGUGACGAGUCCCGAUGGGGUACACAGGCGUAUGCACGAUGCGUUGUCUACCGUCGCAAAUAUCGGCGUACUCCGGAGUUUCUAUGGCGUUUCGCCCGAGCCACUUUUCUAGCCAGUGAGGACCUGUCUUCGGAAGAAGACUACACAGCAUCGCUUAAUGAUGUGGGAGAUGCGUUGAGCGAUACCACUUCCAACAGUUCACAGCGCAACCUCGACCCGGGCAAUGCAAACGACUUGGCCUAUGAUUUAUCCACACGACGGCAAUUCGUCGAGACUGGACUUGGUUUGGCCAGGAGAGCACUCCGAUUAGCACUCAACGCACGCCAAGAGCAGACAUCGACAGUGUCAGAUGCCUGUUUAGCUAAUGUAUACAAAUGGCUUGCGGUACUGGUUGGAUUAGCCUGUGAUUUUGGUGGUAUGCAACAACGAAUUACUUAUGGCAAAGAGUUCAAAGUAAGCUUACCAACUACAUGCAUUGAUGCAUUAGCUGACGCAUUCAAGAUGAAACUGGAAACCUGUAUCUCUUACAGAUAA